AUGGGCACCAGCACUGUGGGUAUUGCGAAUCUUGCACAAUCAGGGGUCAGUGGUCCAUUCGUCAAGUUCGUCCUCGACGGUAUCCCAAUGAAGACACGUGCCAAGAUCUGGUUGGAAAGUGCUCAGUCCAGCAUCCACUAUUCGCCCGACGACUUCAGUAUGCUGGCAGCCGAGUACAACACACACCCAGACGAUCAGCGAUAUCUACACGAUAUCGAGAUGGACACGCCUCGUACCUUGACCAACAAUGUGUACUUCCGGAAAGAGAAGAAUCAAGAUGCGCUAGCCUUGCUGCUUGGCUGCUUUGCGAUCAGAAACAAGGAUAUCGGAUAUUGUCAAGGCUUCAACAUCAUCGCUGGCUACUUAUUGCUCGCAAUGCCGACUACUGAACAAGCCUUCUGGGUGUUCUGCUUCUUGAUUGAAAAAGUGCUGCCUGCGUCUUACUUUACAGCUGAGCAUGACUGGCAAGGCCCGCGUGCUGACACCAUCGUGCUGCGUCACUACAUCCGAACUUUGCUACCUCGCCUGGGUACUCAUCUUGACGAGCUAGAUGUCUUGGAUGAGCAAACGGUACCGAUCAACUGGUUCCUCACUGCCUUUGCCUCCACACUGUCAGUGGAAGCACUUUUCCGUGUCUGGGAUGUCGUGCUGGGAGUGCCUGGUCAGAAUCAGCAAGUCUUCCUGCUGCACGUCGCCAUUGCACUUCUCAAGCUCAACGAGGACGAAUUGCUGAAGCUAGACUCGGCUGCUGCUAUCUAUGAUUACAUGGAUCGCAAAAUGGCUAGAGGUGUGGUCACUAUCGAUGGACUGAUCCAAGCGUCCUCGAGACUUGGACCAAUUGUCACGGCGAAGAGUGUUGAGAAGAGAAGAGCUGAGGCCGCCAAAACGCUGUGA